CCAGCUGCGGGGAGGCCGGGCCAGCUCCGGGAACCAUUGCUCCGCGGGGAAUCUUCCCCUCCGGCCCCGCCCGGGACAAUAGGGGCCCCGGGCGGCCGCGAUGGACUCCAGCAGCGAGACCCACGAACUCAACGGGACGGCGGAGGGCGCGGAGUCGGCGGCCGAGGAGCAGCGCAGAAGGUGGCAGUGGUUCCAAAGGAACAGACCCAUCAACAUCAACCACUACGCCAACAAGAAGAGCGCGGCCGAGAGCAUGCUGGACAUCGCCCUGCUGAUGGCCAAUGCCUCCCAGCUCAAAGCUGUCAUGGAGCAAGGGCCCUCCUUUUCCUUCUACGUCCCGCUGAUUAUUCUCAUCAGUCUGUCGCUCACCCUGCAAAUUAUAGUGGGAGUGCUCCUGAUAUUCCUUGUAAAAUAUGACCUUAACAACCCUGCAAAACAUGGAAAGCUGAAUUUCCUCAACAACCUUGCAACUGGACUGGUAUUCAUUAUAGUAGUUGUGAAUAUUUUUAUCACUGCCUUUGGAGUGCAGAAACCAGUUGCUGAGCCAGCAUCAAGACAGUAAGGACCAGUUCUUGCAGAUACCUGAGCUCACUUCCCAUUAGUGCAAAAGCAGAAGCUGCUGGGAACUGGUAAGUUAUUACAAUGUGUUUGUGAAUGUGGAGUUCAAAAGUUGAUGUCAGCACAUGUGUCACCCAUAGGAAGUGUAAGGAUUGUCCUGGCCUAGCCACUCCUUUUCCUUACUGCUGACUGAGACAAUAAGGAAAAUAAUGUUGUUCUGCUUUCUCCAAAUGCCUCUUCUUUUUUUUAAGGAAGGUUUGCAUGCAGUCAGUUACUUAACACUGAAGACAGUCUGUUUCCAAGUAGCUAGGGCUGUUAAAUCUGACAUGUAACACUGCACAUGCUGGAGCCUCCCAGUUCCUGUGCAGGCUUAAGAUCCUGUGACUCCUCUGUCCUCCCCAGGACAGGGCUUUGCUCUGUGGGAGACUCAGCUCACAAAGAUGAGCACUGUCACUUCACAUGUGGCCAUUUAGGACAAUGUGGUUGCUCUACCUGCACUUGCAGCUUUGUUCUUUACUUAUACAGAAGGAUAAAUAUAGGAAUUGUGGGGAUCGAACUGGGUAUCUUCCUAGCAUCAUAGCUAUGAUGAGCAGAUUGGGAGGAGAUAAACCUAAAUUAUAGGCUUGUAAUGCAAGAAGCACCAUGAUCAACAUCUGCCUUUAAAAUAGCACUGCUAAGUCUGUGCAUGCCAACAUUGCUCUGGCACUUGGUCUCCUAGAUCUCAGCCCAGGGUCAGAGACCUGCUGCAGAAGGAAUGACUGGGCUGACAGGCCAUGGCUGCACUCUGUACUACACAGCCAGCCCGUGCAAGUAACAUUACUGCUUUGUGCAAACUUCUACAGGAAACCCUUUCUCCAUGAAAAAGAAGAUACAAGGCCUUUAAACCGUUAAUCUGUAGAUGAAUGGUGCAACAGAAAUCUGCAACAAGAAUGGGAGUCAAACCAAAAUUUACCAUCAGUCAAAACAGCAUGGGGGGAAAUGAGUGUAAAAAAAUAUUAGGAAAAUGAAAACCUACAGUAAUUUUUGUCAGGGUGUGGGUGUAAUUUUCUGCUUUAACCAAAACCUGUGAAAUUCUGGCAGGGAAACAAGAUACUUUUAAUGCAUUUUCUGGCCAUAGUCUCUAUAAAAACACUAAUAAAUAUUUAACUUUAACAGCAAAGAACACAUAGAUUAUCUGAGGUAUUAUCCAAAAUGCAGGUAGAAUGUUGACUUCAGCAGUAUAUGUUAAAGCAGUACUGAAGCACUAACCCCAAAAUUACACUGGCAAAACCAAGAGAGCUGCAUGAAGGAUUAUUGGAAUUUCAGCUGCCUUCACGGGACGAAACACACAAUACCAGGGACAGAGGCAGAGACAAGGGUCUGAAAUAGGCAUAAGGAAGCUCAGAACAGAACCAGCAGGUGUGGGCUCCUGCCUCCAUGCUCUCAUACAUGCAGUUUCCUAAUUAAACAGCCAAAUGUGGUGUCCAGAACCUAUUUUUUGCUGCAGACUUGUUAAAUGUGAAAGUUCUGCAUUGCUUUGGAACAUUACAGCUGUUGUUUGCUCAUAUGUACCCAUUGCCCUUGCUAAAAACAUCUGAUCAUCUGAAUGUAACCUGAAAAGUAAGUGUUUUUCAGUCUGCUGCCACAGUCUCCUCAAACCCCUGAUUGAAGUGGGUGGCCACCAUGUUCUGGCUUCACCUUUACUAUUAUGCACCCUUUUCCACAGAAAAUUUAAUUCCCCCUUUAAAGCAAAUGUGUCAUUUACUAUAAUUCCUGUAUCACUAAAAUAUCAAUAUCUUUGUG